AUGACGGUGGCGUCCGGCGACAACGCCGACGAGUGCGCCACCUUGCCGGGCCACCCUCAGGACGAGGAGCGCGACGGGCACGAGUGCUGCGAGCGCGUGGUCAUCAACGUGUCGGGGCUCCGCUUCGAGACGCAGCUGAAGACCUUGGCGCACUUCCCGGACACGCUCCUGGGGAACCCCAAGAAGCGGAUGCGCUACUUCGACCCGCUGCGCAACGAGUACUUCUUCGACCGCAACCGUCCCAGCUUCGACGCCAUCCUCUACUACUACCAGUCGGGCGGGCGGCUGAGGCGGCCCGUCAACGUGCCGCUGGACAUGUUCUCGGAGGAGAUCAAGUUUUACGAGCUGGGCGCCGAGGCCAUGGAGAAGUUCCGCGAGGACGAGGGCUUCAUCCGCGAGGAGGAGCGCCCGCUGCCCGACAAGGAGUUCCAGCGGCAGAUCUGGCUCCUCUUCGAGCACCCGGAGAGCUCGGGCCCGGCGCGGGGCAUCGCCAUCGUCUCCGUCGUGGUCAUCCUCAUCUCCAUAGUCAUCUUCUGCCUGGAGACGCUGCCCGAGCUGAAGGAGGACGCGGGCGAGCGGCGGCGGGCGGCGGCGGCGGCCGGCAACGGCACGGCGGCCCACCGCGUCGACAUCCUGGGCGACCCCUUCUUCAUGGUGGAGACGCUCUGCAUCAUCUGGUUCUCCUUCGAGCUCCUGGUGCGCUUCUUCGCCUGCCCCAGCAAGACGGCCUUCUUCCGCAACAUGAUGAACUCCAUCGACGUGGUGGCCAUCAUCCCCUACUUUAUCACGCUGGGCACCGAGCUGGCCGACGACCCCGAGGGCGGCGGCGGCGGAGGCGGCGGCGGCGGCGAGCAGGCCACCUCGCUGGCCAUCCUGCGCGUCAUCCGGCUGGUGCGCGUCUUCCGCAUCUUCAAGCUCUCGCGCCACUCCAAGGGCCUGCAGAUCCUGGGCCAGACGCUGAAGGCCAGCAUGCGCGAGCUGGGCCUGCUCAUCUUCUUCCUCUUCAUCGGCGUCAUCCUCUUCUCCAGCGCCGUCUACUUCGCCGAGGCCGAGGAGAAGGAGUCCUUCUUCACCAGCAUCCCCGACGCCUUCUGGUGGGCCGUGGUGUCCAUGACCACCGUGGGCUACGGCGACAUGUACCCCGUCACCAUCGGCGGCAAGAUCGUGGGCUCGCUCUGCGCCAUCGCCGGCGUGCUGACCAUCGCGCUGCCCGUGCCCGUCAUCGUCUCCAACUUCAACUACUUCUACCACCGCGAGACCGACGGCGAGGAACAGGCGCAGCUUCUGCAGGUGGAACGGCGGGACUCGGACGACGCCUCCCGCCGCGACGACGCCUCCUCGCUGCUCAGCGAGUCCGACUACGCCGACAACAGCAUCGACAACUUCCGCGAGGCCAACCUGCGCGCCGCCAACUGCGCGCCUCCGCCGACCGGACGCAACUGCGUCGACCCCCCCAAGAUGCUGACGGACGUCUGA